AGAAGAGGGUCUCGUUAAACUGCAUGAAGAGGCCUCGCACGUCGGGACUCGGAUCCAGUAGCUCCCAGGCGUCGUCCACUACCGACAGAGGCCGCGCCGGGGAACCAACAGGGGUGGUAGUGGUCGUUGUUGUCACCACCUGAACUUCUUCGUCCUCCGCCUCCCAUUCCGCCUGCAGCCGGAGCGCUAGCAAAAAGUCACCCUCCAUCUUGCCUGAAGAAGGACCUUGAGGAGCGCGACGGUCCACAAGCAAGCCGGCCGAGCACCGCCGUAAACUGUUCAAACUCCUGCGCAUGCGCCAAGCAACGUACUAUAAAAGGCGCACUUGCGCUUCCUCUUUUUCUGUUUUCAUUCCCAUCCGUUAUGAUUUUGCGAAGCGCUUGCGCAGCUCUCGUAAAAGCAGGAAGUUGUGCCCUGUGUACCAGUCACAUCGUUAAGCCUGUAGGUUGUCGAUGAAGGACGCGUCUGCGUUGAGCUAAUUGUACUAAUGACCUGCCGCUCCGCAGCGCUUUACGCGUCAACUUCGUUCUUCCGUCGCGUUCUUCCGCUUCUCAGAGACUCUCUCUCUGUUUCCGGCGCAGGCGCAGUUGUGGCUUCCUAGUGUCGCUGGUCUUCCUCUCUGCCCCUCGCACUCUCGUUGCUCCGGCUCUGACAUGGCGCUGUCUCUGGGCGAGGUGCCUGCUGGUGGCGGCGGGGGGAACCGUUUGAGGCGACAGCUGGAGUCUGGGACCUACGCGGCGGAGGAGUAUGUGAAGCAACUGUCCCAGCAGUCGGACGGUGACCGGGACCUACAGGAACACCGGCAGCGGAUCCAGGCUCUGAGUGAGGAGACGGCGCAGAGCCUCAAACGCAACGUCUACCAAAACUACCGACAGUUCAUCGAGACGGCCCGCGAGAUCAGCUAUCUGGAGAGCGAGAUGUACCAACUGAGCCACAUCCUCACCGAGCAGAAAGGCAUCAUGGAAGCUGUCACCCAGGCCCUGCUGCAGCAGGCCAACGUCGUCGACCGCGAUGACCCAGCUCUGGGGGGCGCCCUGCGAGCUGUCGCUGACCCCCACGCCAACCCCUUUCUGCCCCUCUCUGCCAAAGACACCACUGCCAAUGAGGAGGGUCGCCAGCGAACUCUCACCACCCUCCUGGAGAAAGUGGAGGGGUGCCGUGACCUGCUCCCAGAGAGCCCUGGCAAAUACUUGGUCUACAAUGGGGACCUUGUGGAAUAUGAUGCUGACCAUAUGGUGCAGAUCCAGAGAGUCCACGCCUUCCUCAUGAAUGACUGCUUGUUAGUGGCUGCAUGGCUGCCGAACCGGCGUGGUAUGUACCGUUAUGAUGCCCUUUACCCGCUUGAUGGGCUAGCCGUGGUCAAUGUCAAGGACAACCCACCUAUGAAAGACAUGUUCAAACUGCUUAUGUUCCCUGAGAGUCGCAUCUUCCAAGCAGAGAAUGUAAAGAUCAAGAAAGAGUGGCUGGAAGUGCUGGAGGAGACCAAGAGGAAUCGUGUUCUCAAUGAGAAGCGAAGGCUGGAACAGGAGGCCCCAACAUUGCCUCCUCCCCCAUCUCCCCCAGAAACCACCAAUCCUUUUGAGGAGAAUGAAGAAGAGGAGGAAGCAACACCAGAAGAAGAAAUGGUGGAUCUGUCCCUAGAAUGGAUUCAGGAGCUGCCCGAGGAUUUGGAUGUCUGCAUUGCUCAGAGAGACUUUGAAGGGGCAGUUGACUUGCUAGAUAAGCUGAAUGAGUAUCUGGGAGAUAAGCCUUUGACCCAGCCUGUCAAGGAGCUCCGAGCAAAAGUGGAUGAAAGAGUCCGGCAGCUCACUGAUGUGCUUGUGUUUGAGCUUUCUCCAGAUAGGUCUCUGCGGGGUGGGCCCAGAGCUACCCGCCGAGCUGUUUCUCAGCUCAUCCGCUUGGGUCAGUCAACCAAAGCAUGUGAACUUUUCUUGAGGAACAGGGAAGCUGCUGUACAUACAGCGAUCCGCCAGUUGCGCAUUGAAGGUGCCACUCUGCUGUACAUUCACAAGCUCUGCCAUGUCUUUUUCACCAGCCUGUUAGAGACUGCAAGGGAGUUUGAGACAGACUUUGCUGGCAAUAGUGGGUGUUAUUCUGCUUUUGUUGUCUGGGCCCGAUCUGCUAUGAGCAUGUUCGUGGAUGCAUUUAGCAAACAGGUGUUUGACAGUAAGGAGAGUUUAUCCACUGCUGCUGAGUGUGUAAAGGUGGCAAAGGAACAUUGCAAGCAACUCAGCGAGAUUGGUUUGGAUCUGACCUUCAUCAUUCAUGCCCUACUAGUGAAGGAUAUCAAAGGAGCUUUGCAGAGCUACAAAGAUAUCAUAAUUGAGGCCACAAAGCAUCGUAACUCUGAAGAGAUGUGGAGGAGAAUGAACCUGAUGACCCCAGAAGCUUUAGGAAAACUUAGAGAGGAGAUGAGGAGCUGUGGUGUGACCAGUUUUGAUCAAUACACUGGCGAUGACUGCUGGGUAAAUCUUAGCUACACUGUUGUGGCUUUCACCAAACAGACCAUGACCUUCUUGGAGGAAGCGCUCAAACUGUACUUCCCAGAGCUGCAUAUGGUUCUGCUGGAAAGUCUGGUGGAGAUAAUCCUUGUAGCUAUCCAGCACGUUGAUUAUAGUUUACGGUGUGAACAGGAUCCUGAGAAGAAAGCAUUUAUCAGGCAGAAUGCAUCUUUCCUUCAUGAGAUUGUUCUUCCUGUUGUGGAGAAGAGGUUUGAGGAAGGAGUUGGGAAACCAGCUAAGCAGUUGCAAGAUCUGAGGAAUGCUUCAAGACUGAUGCGGAUUAAUCCUGAAAGUACUACCUCCGUGGUGUGAAAUGUAGUGCCUCUUUUAAUAUAAAAUGUUGUGUAUACAUGUGCACAUAAACUGCUUUCAGAUCCGUGAGAGUAACUAAAUGCAUUAACAUUCCCUUUAGCUAAUUAUGUCCUGCAAAAAAAAUUUAAGACAAAAGAAAAAGGGAGAAUUAAAGCAAGUACUGUAGUAGAAGAGCCAUAUAUGGCACAUUUCUUUCUGAAGCUCUGAUUGUGGUAGUUAGAGUUAGAUCAUCUAGUGUCAGACUGUGUUUUGGUCCAAAGGCUAAUGAACUAUUUAAAUAUAAUUAGCCUGGUCAGUAAUAAUUUCUAAUGAGUCUUUUGGAGAAGUAUAAAUGAUGGGAUACACCCAGUGAUUCCAUUAUAUGGGGGUUCAGAAGAAGAAGAAUCUGUCUGAGAAAUAAAAAGCAGACUUGCAUAAUUCCUUCUCUCUGAUAACCUGAAAAAAAGAUGGUAAAACCUGCAGCAGAUAACUUCAUUUCAAAAAUAUGUGGCUUAAAAUUCCUUUGAAAAUUAAAACUUGGCAAGAGCAUAGAAUUCACCCUGUUAUGAGAAGCAAUUCCAAUGAGUGUUAUUGAUUCUUCUAUAAAUGUAAAAGAUAUUGAUCAAAUAGAUAUCCUGUCUGAUUUGUGGCAGGUGAGAAUUGAAUUGAAUGUGCUGGUUGUACACAGGCUGUUGUUCCACUUGGGGUUUUUGACACAGCUUCUUUGCAACCAUAGGGCCAUCUGCUAUUCAGAUUAGUAAAAAAACAAAAACAAUUGUUAAAUUAGUUCUGGGAAGUGUUGUGUCAAAAACUGCACGGGCAGUUGUGACGUGCACACAGUUCUGUUGGGCCCAUAUAUACAUGUACUUUGAGCUUCCGCCAGUAGUGUUAAUUGAAGAAAAGGUAUACAACCACAUUCAAGUUGAUUUUCUGUAUAUAUAAUCAGCAGGAAUGAUGACUUGAAACCAUAAAUAAAACAGAAUAGUUUUACAUGUUGCCAAAUCAACCAGAUAAGGGCAAAUUUGGAGAAUUGAUGAUGUGAAACAUCACCCAUUUGUGAUCAAGUGAUGAAGGGGGCAACAGGGGUGAGAAGUGACCUUGUAUAAGUAGCAAGGAGCUUUUGGGUUACCACAAAUGGAAAUUGGGGUUUGGGAUGGAGGCAUGUGCACAGUAGAGCAUGAAAACCUAUAAGAAAUAACAACCAAGGCCUGAUCAUAGCAGCCUUGUCUGUAGCUCUGCACAUUAUGUAAUUGUGUGUAAUGUAGAUAGAGGGUUUGGGUUUUUUAUUUUUUUUAAGAAUAGGUGGGGUUAUGCCUGCAAGUCUAAUACUGCCUAAUGUAUUGUGAAAUCCCUAUCACAUUGUGUACUGGGAUUACAUCAUUGACAUUAAACAACAAUGGCACCAAGAUAAGUUUUCUGUCAGAACAAACUUUUAGCUGAUGCUCUUCAAAAAGAUGUAAAAUAAAAUGUCUGAAUUAUAUGCUGAAAA